AUGGUGAUCCCAUCGGGUCAAGAACCAUUUACUUCCUCCUCAAUGCCUAAUGGUUUCUCUCGCUCUUCUGUUGAUGCAGAAUCUCCUUCCGAACCCGAUACUACCACAGAGAAGAGCGUCCACGCACCCCAAUCCUUUGAGUCCCAUCCGGCUCCCGAGUCCUCCCCCGAGCCUGACGUCGCAGACGACUCCUACGAGGCCGAUUCUCCAGCUUCCGAUCCUGAAGACGAGGAUGCUGCGGAGGACAACAGUGGAGAUGACUUCGUCCAGUCUAGCCGUGAAAAUUCUUCAUCCCCAGAACCGCAUCGCGGAGUAAAGAGAAAAUCAUCGCCGCUUGACGAAGUUGAUUUCAUGAGACAAAAUCCAGAUCUCUAUGGCCUACGUAGAAGUGGUCGCGCACGCCAAACUCGUCACGUCGUUGACUCAUCAGAUUCUGAAUCAGAUGUGAUCACCCAACGUUCCAAGCGCCGGCGCAAGGAGCCCUCACAACAGCCCUCGAAAACCUCCCGCUCAUCUCCAAACUCCUCUUCGGAAACCGAAAGCGACGAGUAUGGGGGUAAAGGGGCCCGGGCAAGUAAGGCACGACGACGCCGCCUCAAACAAGCUGCGAGCACUGAACCGUCUUAUGCCGAAGUCCGCUUCUCUACACGGAAUGCAUCCAAGGUCUCCAAUUACAAUGAGGAUGAGGACGACGAAAUCUUCGAAGAGGAUCCAGACAGCCUCGUGGAUAAUUAUUGGACGCAAAGCUACGUGGAGGACACCCGUCCCGCUGUCGAUGUCGUCCUAAAUCAUCGAUUGAAAGAAGGAGUGGAUCCCAAAAACCCCGACGUUGAUCGUCAGGAUUUCGAGUUUUACAUCAAGUGGCAGGACAAAUCACAUGUUCAUGCGACUUGGGAGUCUAAUGAAUCUCUCGCGAAUUAUCGUAGCACGCGACGCGUGGAUAACUAUGUCCGCAAAGUGCUGAAUGAGGAACUUCGCCUGCUUCACGACCCAGACGCGCCACCAGAGGAUCGAGAGAAGUGGAAUCUGGAUCGCGAACGAGACGUGGAGGCCAUUGAGGAUUACAAACGCGUUGAGCGAGUCAUUGGCGUUCGAGAGGGCGAGGACGGCUCGACCGAGUAUCUGGUGAAGUGGAAGCGACUGUUCUACGAUUCAUGUACCUGGGAAGCCGAAGAUUUGGUUAGUGACAUCGCGCAGGGGGAGAUUGACCGUUACAUCGACCGGUCAGCACGCGUCCCUGUGUCCGAUAAGAAUGAGUCCAAUCCGGCUACUCGUCGUCCAUUCGAGCGAAUCCAGUCAUCUCCCGAUUUCUUGCAGAAUGGCGAACUCAAAGACUUCCAAAUCAAGGGACUGAAUUUCUUGGCGUUCAAUUGGGUCAAGGAUCGCAACGUCGUGCUAGCCGAUGAGAUGGGUUUGGGAAAAACGGUGCAGACAGUUUCUUUCAUCAACUGGCUUCGCCAUGUUCGGCGACAACAAGGCCCCUUCGUUGUCAUCGUUCCAUUGUCGACCAUGCCGGCGUGGGCCGACACAUUUGACAACUGGACGCCUGACCUGAACUACAUUGUCUAUAACGGCAGUGAGAAGGCACGCUCCGUACUGCGUGAUUAUGAGUUGAUGGUUGAUGGUAACCCUAAGCGGCCCAAGUUCCACGUCCUGCUCACCACUUACGAGUAUGCCAUGAACGACUCACCAUUCCUUGGCCAGUUCAAAUGGCAAUUUAUGGCGGUUGAUGAGGCUCACCGUCUGAAGAACCGAGAUUCACAGCUCUACGUCAAGCUUAGCGAGUGGAAGUGCCAGGCGAAGCUCCUUAUCACUGGUACUCCUAUUCAAAACAAUCUUGCCGAGCUUUCUGCACUGAUGGAUUUCCUCAAUCCAGGGAUGGUCCACGUCGAUGUAGACAUGGAUCUGAAUUCGGAGCAUGCGUCGCACAAGUUGGCUGAGCUGACAGAUGCCAUUCAGCCAUUCAUGCUUCGACGGACAAAGUCGAAGGUGGAAUCCGAUCUCCCACCAAAGACUGAGAAGAUCAUUCGGGUUGAGCUGUCUGAUGUUCAGUUGGAAUACUACAAGAAUAUUCUGACAAAGAAUUACGCUGCCUUGAAUGAUGGAGCAAAAGGCAUGAAGCAGUCGCUGCUGAACAUUAUGAUGGAGCUCAAGAAAGCGAGUAACCAUCCUUUCAUGUUCCCAAAUGCAGAGGCGAAGAUUCUCGAGGGCAGCAGCCGCCGAGAAGACAUUCUACGUGCUAUGAUCACAAGCAGCGGUAAAAUGAUGCUUCUAGAUCAACUGCUCCGCAAGCUGAGGAAUGACGGUCACCGGGUUCUGAUCUUCUGUCAGAUGGUCGGCAUGCUCAAUAUUCUGAGUGAAUACAUGGAGUAUCGGGGCUACAAGUACCAGCGCCUGGAUGGAACAAUCCCUUCUGCUGCUCGUCGGCUAGCCAUCGAACAUUACAAUGCUCCGGAAAGUACCGAUUUUGCGUUCCUGCUGUCCACCAGAGCUGGUGGUCUUGGCAUCAAUCUGAUGACGGCAGACACUGUCGUCCUCUUUGACUCUGACUGGAAUCCUCAAGCUGAUUUGCAAGCAAUGGCUCGAGCGCAUCGAAUCGGUCAGACGAGACCAGUCAGCGUCUACCGCCUCGUUUCAAAAGAUACCAUUGAGGAGGAGGUGAUUGAGAGAGCUCGCAAUAAGCUCAUGCUUGAGUUCAUCACCAUACAGCGAGGCGUAACUGAUAAAGAAGCCACGGAGAUGCAGAACAAGAUGGCUCGAGUAGCCAGUGAGCCCAAUUCCACGGAAGAUAUCUCUCGCAUCCUCAAGCGCCGCGGUCAGAAGAUGUUUGAACAGACUGACAAUCAGAAGAAGCUUGAGCAGCUUGAUAUCGACUCUGUCCUUGCCAAUGCAGAACUUCAUCACACUGAACAAGAAGAGUCUAUCCAGGCUGACGGUGGUGAGGAGUUUUUGAAGGCCUUUGACUUUGUUGAUAUCAAGGUUGACGACCUCUCUUGGGAUGAUAUCAUCCCCCAGGAUCAGCUGGCGGAAAUCAAGGCCGAGGAGAAAAGGAAGGCGGAUGAGAGGUACCUUGCAGAAGUCAUUGAGGAGAACCGACCUCGAAAACGUCACGCCCCCAAUGACUCAACUGAGACCCGCGGCGAGCGCCAGGCCAAGCGUCAAGCAAGGGCACAGGUUGCGAUCGAGGAUGACGAUGACGAGGACAGCAGCUCACUCGAUCCAAAGCGUCCGCUUGAAGAGAAGGAAUACCGCUCUCUUUCACGCGCAUUUCUUCGGUACGGCGACUGGGAAGACUGCGAGGAGCUUAUUGUCGAGGACGCGCGGCUACAGAACCGUGACCGAGAAACUGUUCACGCUGCUCUCCGUGAAAUCACGGACAAGGCCGCCAAGCUGGUGCAAGAAAACCUGGCUCAGAUGGAUGCCAUCAAGAAGUCCGGGAAGAAUUUGACGAAGAAGGAACAGAAGGCAGUCUUAUUCGACCAUCACGGUGUCAAACGCUUGAAUGCCUGGACCAUCGUCGAUCGACCCCCCGACAUGCGUCUCGUUCGCAAGAUCACCAGUUCCUUACCGGACUUCAAGACCUUCCGCCUUCCAGAAGCUACAAAGCUGGCCGACUACAGCUGCCCCUGGGGUGCCCGUGAGGAUGGCAUGCUUCUUGUGGGAAUCGCCCGUCAUGGCUUCGGCGCUUGGGCCCAAAUUCGCGACGAUUCCGAUCUCGGUCUUGGUGACAAGUUCUUCCUUGAGGAGCAUCGCGUGGAAAGAAAGACCCAGCGCGCCCAGGGAGAGGAGAAGACCACCAAGUCGCCUGGGGCUGUCCAUCUCGUGCGUCGUGCGGAGUACUUGCUCUCUGUGAUGAGGAACAAACACAGUAAUGGGAGCAAUGUCAACGCAAGAAGAGCAGUGGAGAACCACCACCGAAACAACAAGCGCUCGUCAAGGGUUGGAAGUGGUAGUGUGUCCGCGUCUCCCGCUCCCCCUGGUCGCCGAGGUCACCGUGAAAUUGAUCGCUCAAGACCUCGAUCCUUCACUCACGGGAGCCGUGACUCCGGUGAGCGUCACAACACUCCCGGUCACGAUCGGCCCAGGUCAGGCCAGGACGGCGAGCGUUCGCGCCACCGCCCAUCCGACGCCGCAGGUGACGAUCUUCGCCGCCGCAGGAGCCACGAGAAUGGCGGCUCAAGUAAAGAGGACAUGGCCAAAGUCUUCUUCCGACCAAUCCUGCCGAAUUUGAGGCAGGUCUCCAUGAUCACGGCCAAGAAUUAUCCCAACAAGCACGAGCGUGCGCUCAAGCUUCGCAGCACCAUUGUGAAGAUCGGGAAGUUCAUCCGCGGCACCUUGGAAGGCGAGCAGUCCAUGCCUUCCCUUGAACGACGCCUGUGGGACUACGUUUCCGCCAAUUACUGGCCCAACAAGGAGGCCAGCGGAACGAAGCUCCAGCAGAUGUUUGACAAGGUCAUGAAUGCUGGCAAAGCGGAGAAGGAGAAGUCCUCGAAUGGUUCAUGA